UCCAUGCGUAAACCAAAGGCUUGAAUUGACUUCAAUUCAGAUACAUGGUACACAGCAUGCAGUUUGGCGAAACGGUCAGUACGACGUUCAUGUCUGUCGUUCUGGACCCUUCGCACGGUGCCGCGUGGAUCCGGGGUAUGAAGCAGUGGUUGGGCCUCUGUCUGGAUGCAGCUACAUCGGAGCAUGGCAUGGUGCCCGGGAGAGAUGAUCGUCAUCUUGCCGCAGUGUUACACGUGCUUGUCACGUUUACUAGUACGCAGUCCUGGUGCUCGCCCGAAGUGACAUCUAGUCCAAUUCUGGUCAAGCUGUGUGAUAUGUUUCUGGCGCACCUGUGUCGAGAUGGCGGGCUUUACACUCGCUUCGGCGAAAUGCUCAAGCGCCACGGGGCAAAUCUUGGUCACCCGCAGCUUUUGGCAGUGGUCACCCUAACCUUGCGUGGUCUGGGAUUAGAUGCUGCGAGAGAACAGAACAUGCUUGCGCAGUUCGUGGUCCACGUCCUGUGUGUACCUGUCUUCGUGCAUCGCAUCCAGGAAACCUCUCCUGAGAUGUUGAGGCUGAUGGCAAAAAAACGGGUGAUCUCCAGGAGCCUUGGACUGCUCGCAGCCUGUGAUGGCUCAUCAGACCGGGUUUUUGCUCAAGUCCGAACUUGUGGAAGCAAUGCCUUCAUCAGCCUCCUUGGGAACGUGAUACACCUGGUUCAUACAACGCUUGGAAAUUCAGAGGAUAAUCCUGGGCUGCUGGAUGCACCGGACUUUCGGUGCAAUGUGGUAACCUGCGUUGUGCGGCUGUUGGAUGAAUGUGUCAAAGACGAUCAGUCGGAAAGUUCAGGACCUGGCAAAUUGUCCCUGAGUGUAUGGAACCCGAUUCUUGGUUGGAGCAGUGGACCCAUAACCCGUGGCAGUCAUGAGACGUUGCCGCUUGUGUUGACGCAGCUGGAGCGGUUGUGGUCGCUGCCCAUACUGAAUUUCGUCUUUGAAGAAUUACGCUUGCGCGAUCCCGUGAUGGAUGGCGACGAUAGGAUCUAUGAGUUGUCCGUUUCGACGACAAGUGCAUCGUCUUCGGCUGUGUGGUCCGUUUCUGGUAUUCGUCAACUGCUGUUCAAUUCGGGAAGCAGUGCAGCGAGUGGACAGCAACCGACGACGAGUCUGUCUCAGGUGCUUCAGCCUCAGGGUGACUUGUCCUCGUGGAAGUUGGAUGGAUCCGAAGUGGCUCCAGUAACAUCCGCGGCUCACAUGUACAAUUCUGCUCUGCGAGUUCUGAGACAACACCGGAUAGGCAUUCUAUCAGGUUUGUGCGUUAUGAACGGGUCAUUGGUGGCCGGCAUGUGGCGCAGACUUUUCCGGAAGCUGGGUCAUGGCAUUGGAGGACUUGGACAGUGGCUUGACCUAUUGUCGGGCAAGAGCAAACCCAAAAGCAGUUGGCACCUUCUUGCACUCUUUUGCGAUGCCUCAGCACAUUUACUUACAAUUCUCGACGAGGAUGAACUGUACGAGAAGCAGAAGCCAUUCCGGCAAGAUGAGCUGGUGGCGAUUGCGGCUUUUGUGAAUCGACUGGUAUUCCAAGCAGUGUACUCGUCAUCUGCCGACGAUCGGGAGACGGCUGGGCUUCCACAGUCGGUGCUGGCACUGCUGUCGGUGAUGUACCAAAGAGAUGCCCGAAGGAAGUUUUGUCCGUCCGGCCAUUGGCUCGUUCCUGAGGCAUGCACUUCGUCCUUCCUGACUGACGUGGACAAAAUGCGGACGAGAGCCAAACGUGUGAUGCAAAUCAUUCCGCACGUGGUGCCACACACGCAUCGCAUUGUGCUUUUCCGCGAUUUGGUGUCCAGAGACAAGUCUGCGGGAACGUGUACCGCUGCCACGUCGUGCACGCUCAUCACUGUCCGGAGAGGGUAUCUCGUGGAGGACGGUUACCGCCAACUGGCUGGUCUUUCGGGUGCCCAACUCAAAGGUCCUGUCCGCGUGAAGUUUGUGAAUGUUCAGGGGCUGGAUGAGGCCGGGAUCGACCAGGAUGGUGUAUUCAAAGAAUUUUUGGAAGAAACGGUGAAGCGAGUGUUUGACCCUCAAAUGAAUCUCUUCCGGGCAACUGCCGAUGGUUGCCUGUACCCGUCGCCAACUGCCCGUCUCACGGCUGGUGAAGCUGAAUGCGACCACUUGUUUGAAUUUGUUGGCAAAAUGCUGGGAAAGGCCGUGUAUGAAGGAAUCGUUUUGGACGUCAAGUUUGCGCAGUUCUUCUUGUCUCAGGUGGUUUCGUCUGCGUUGGGAACCUAUGCUGCGUAUUCGUGCUUGGACGAACUGCCAUCGCUCGACCCAGAAUUGUACAAGAGCCUUAUCUUCAUCAAACAUUACGACGGGGACGUGAGCCAGCUAGAACUGACGUUCACGUGUGACGAGGAUGUGCUGGGCCAAAUCGUGACGCACGAGUUGGUGGAGGGUGGUCGGAUGGUGAGCGUGCAGGAUGACAACCGGAUUCUAUAUGUUCAUCGCAUGGCUGAGUGGCGUGUGCGACGCCAGCUUCACGCCCAGGUCACCGCCUUUCGCAGGGGAUUCUGUUCACUGAUCAGGCCUGACUGGCUCGCGCUCUUCUCUACGACGGCUGAUGUCCAGCGCCUUCUCUCGGGUGGCGAUACCUCCGACAAG